GUGUAUUUCUCAAGGCUGACUCGGCCGCUCUAGCCAGAGCCGCUCUAUGACUGUUUCGGGGCCCUUGGCGGAAGGAAGCGGUUUGCUUCUUGAGGGAAGGGGACGAGGGAGGUUGUUUUGGGUCUGGCAGGGCUGGUGGGCGCUUGCCGCGGGGGUCGCUGAGGUAAAGAAGGAACACGAGUCGCGGUCAUGGGGGUGCCUAAGUUUUACCGGUGGAUCUCGGAGCGGUAUCCUUGCCUCAGCCAAGUGGUGAAGGAGCACCAGAUUCCAGAAUUUGAUAACCUCUAUCUGGAUAUGAAUGGUAUAAUUCAUCAGUGUUCACACCCCAAUGAUGAUGAUGUUCACUUCAGAAUUUCUGAAGACAAGAUCUUCGCUGAUAUAUUUCAUUAUCUGGAAGUAUUGUUCCGCAUUAUUAAACCACGCAAGGUUUUCUUUAUGGCUGUUGAUGGAGUAGCUCCAAGAGCAAAAAUGAACCAGCAGCGUGGCAGACGUUUUAGGUCAGCAAAAGAGGCAGAGGACAAAAUAAAGAAAGCACUGGAAAAAGGAGAAAUCCUUCCCACAGAAGCCAGAUUUGAUUCCAACUGUAUUACCCCAGGGACUGAAUUCAUGGCUAGGCUGCAUGAACAUCUGAAGUAUUUUGUAAACAUGAAGAUUUCUACAGACACAUCCUGGCAAGGCAUAACUGUCUACUUAUCAGGCCAUGAGACACCAGGAGAAGGGGAACAUAAAAUUAUGGAGUUUAUAAGAUCAGAAAAAGCAAAGCCUGACCAUGAUCCAAACACAAGACACUGUCUGUAUGGUUUAGAUGCUGAUUUGAUUAUGCUUGGGCUGACAAGUCAUGAACCACAUUUUUCACUUUUAAGAGAGGAGGUCCGAUUUGGUGGCAAAAAGUCACAAAGAGCAUGUGCCCCUGAAGAAACCACUUUUCAUCUGCUGCACUUGUCUUUAAUGAGAGAAUAUGUUGACUAUGAAUUUUCACCAGUUAAAGACAAGAUUUCAUUUGCAUAUGAAAUUGAAAGAAUAAUAGAUGACUGGAUCUUAAUGGGCUUUCUUGUUGGAAAUGAUUUUAUCCCUCAUCUACCUCAUUUGCACAUUAAUCAUGAUGCACUGCCAAUGCUUUAUAGAACAUACAUGGCUGUAUUGCCUGAACUUGGAGGUUAUAUUAAUGAGAGUGGGCACCUCAACUUACCACGGUUUGAGAAAUACCUUAUAAAACUGUCAGAUUUUGAUCGUGAGCACUUUAGUGAAAUCUUUGUAGAUUUAAAGUGGUUUGAAAGUAAAGUGGGUAAUAAAUAUCUGAAUGAAGCAGCUGGAAUUGCAGCUGAGGAAUCAAGAAAACAAAAGAAACAUAAGGCUCAGGAAAAUACAAUAUGCUUGGCUGCUUUAGAGAAAACUGGCAAUGAAAAUGUAGCAACUUCAAAAACUCCAUUAGAAAAUGAACCAGAAGAUGAUGAUUUGUUUGAGACAGAAUUUAGACAAUACAAAAGAACAUACUAUAUGACAAAGAUGGGUGUAGAAGUAGUUUCAGAUGACUUUCUGGCUGACCAGGCAAAAUGUUAUGUCCAAGCAAUACAGUGGAUAUUGCACUACUACUAUCAUGGGGUUCAGUCCUGGAGCUGGUACUACCCCUACCACUAUGCACCUUACCUCUCAGAUAUUCGGAAUAUCAGUGAACUGAAGAUUCAUUUGGAUUUAGGAAAACCCUUCAUGCCAUUUGAACAGCUUCUUGCAGUACUGCCAGCAGGUAGCAAGGAUUUGCUUCCAAAGUGCUACCAGCAUUUGAUGACCAAUGAAGAUUCUCCCAUUAUUGAAUACUAUCCUACAGAAUUUAAAACUGAUCUAAAUGGAAAGCAACAAGAAUGGGAAGCUGUAGUGUUAAUUCCAUUCAUUGAUGAGAAACAACUAUUAGAAGCAAUGGAACACUGCAACAAGUUAUUGACAGUGGAAGAAAGACAAAGGAAUAGACACAGUGAAUGCUUAAUGUAUUUCUAUGAGGAAGGUACAGAGUUCCAGUACCCAUCACCAUGGCCAGAGAAAUUCCCUUCCAUUGAAAGGUGCCAUGCCAGGCACAAAGCAAUGUCUUUGGAUGCUUGGCGUGUAGAUAUAGCCCAUAACAAAAUAACCACAUUGGAUUUGGAGAAGCUAUAUUUUCGUGGUUUUCCUACUCUGAAGCACAUUAAACAUAAGUUCUAUCUUAAAAAAAGUGGGGUACAAGUGUUUCAACAGAGCAGCCAUGGAGAAAAUAUGCUGCUGGAAAUUAUGGUUGCAGAUGAUCCAGCCGAGCUGAGUGUAGAAAAUGUAGCCAGUUUGGUGCUUGGGAAAUCAGUAUUUGUUAACUGGCCACACUUGGAGGAAGCCAGAGCCGUUGCUGUAUCAGAUGGUGAAACUAAGUUUUCUUUAGAGGAACCUCCUGGAACACAAAAGCUCUACAUGGGAAAUGCUGUGCCACCAACUAAAGUAACCUUUGUUGGAGAUAAAGAACAGAACAUAUGGAUCAAGGAAAUUCAGGGAAUUUCAGAAUACUACCAGAGAAGAAAAGGAGUGAUUAUAAAUGAUACAUCUGUAAUUGUGUAUGCUCAGUUACUAACUGGAUGCCGAUAUCAGUUGAAUCAAAGUGGUGAAGUGUACUUGGAGAAGCAAUGGUCCAAGCAAGUUCUGCCUUUUGCCUACCAAACAGUUGUCAGGGAGAUAAAAACGUUUGAUUCCCGCUUCUCCAAACUGAAAACUUUGGAUGACCUAUUCCCUCUUGGAUGUACAGUCUUCAUGCUGGGGACACCAUACUAUGGCUGCACAGGAGAAGUUCAGGACUCAUCUGAUGUUAUAUUAGAGGGUAGAAUCCGAGUUGUUUUCAGCAUUCCAUGUGAACCUCAACUAGAUAUCUUAAUACAGAAUCAGCAUAAAUAUUCUGUGAAGUACAAUCCUGGAUAUGUGUUGGCCAGUCGUCUUGGAAUUAGUGGCUAUCUUGUAUCAAGAUUUACAGGAAGCAUUUUUAUUGGAAGAGGAUCCAGGAGAAAUCCCCAUGGAGAUCACAAAGCAAAUGUGGGACUGAACCUAAAAUUCAAUAAAAAGAAUGAAGAAGUCCCUGGUUAUACUAAGAAAGUUGGAAAUGAGUGGUUGUAUUCUUCUGCAGUAGAACAACUCCUUGCUGAAUAUUUAGAAAGGGUACCAGAACUAUUCAGUUAUCUAGCCAAAAACAGUCAAGAAGAUAUAUUCUAUGAAGAUGACAUUUGGCCUGGAGAAGAGGAGAAUGGUGCUGAGAAGGUUCAAGAAAUUCUUGCAUGGCUAAAGGCUCAUCCUGUCAGUAUGCUCUCACGUUCUUCUUGUGAUCUACAAAUUCUGGAUGCAGCUAUUGUUGAAAAGAUUGAAGAGGAAGUAGAAAAAUGCAAGCAAAGAAAAAGUAAUAAGAAAGUGCGUGUGACAGUGAAACCCCACUUGCUAUACAGACCUUUAGAACAACAACAUGGAAUUAUACCAGACCGUGAUGCAGAAUAUCGACUGUUUGAUCGUGUUGUGAAUGUGAGAGAGAGCUUUUCAGUUCCCCUUGGCCUUCGAGGAACCAUAAUAGGAAUUAAAGGAGCCAGCAGAGAAUCUGAAGUUCUGUAUGAAGUACUGUUUGAUGAAGAAUUUCAUGGUGGCUUAACAAUAAGGAGUUCACCUGCUAGAGGGUACCGCAUACCAGCUAGUGCCUUAAUUAACCUAUCCUAUGGUAAUCGGUCCGAAAUGGGAAAUCAGAAGCUAACAGCCAUAGUCAAACCCCAGCCAGCUGUGAGUUCCUACAACUCAUAUUCACCUGAAUCUGUUUCUGUAUCUUCACAAAAAGCACAUCUAGGAGGUCUCAACCAUUCCCCUCGUUCCCUCUUUGUUCCUACUCAACAGCUGAAUGGAAAGCAAUAUAACAGUAUCAAGGCUGAAAACCAGGGUAAUUCUGGUUCCCUCCAGAAAGGAUCAUAUUUAAGUGGCAAGCAAAAAUACAAAGCCCAGAACAAACAAGAUGAUGAAUUCUGCAGCAUUUGGCAGUCUUUGCAGAGCUCAGGAAAGUCUCAGCCGGCCCAACAAAAUAGGCAUGAAAAGGGUGGAAUUUUACCUCAAUACAUAAAGUUAAAUGCUGGAGGCCAGUUUUGCAAACCAGGCUUUAAUGAGAGUAGCUUUAAAGGCCAACAAAGAAAACAGGAAUCAUUCAGGAAAUCCAAAGAAGAGUCUAAGGAUCCAAGAAAUGAAGGUCCAACACAUCAAGUACCAAAUAAACUGAAUGUUACAGGUGCUAAGUAUAAUGUGAAACUUCUAAAGAGGAAAGAAGAUCCAGAUGUGCCAUUGAAACAGAAUGCUGCAGUGGAUCGUCUUGGUAUUGCUGAAAAGGAUGGAUCUGAACUUGGAGACAUUUUCACAUCUUUGAAAAUUUCCAAAGACAAGGAAAUACAGUCAUCUUAUUCCAAGGAGUCAAUAAAUGAAGAGCACUUAUCUCCACAGUCUUUUGCAAUGAAAGGAACACAGAUGCUCAAAGAAAUUUUGAAGAUAGACACUUCUGAUACAGCAGAAGGAAAGACAGUAGCUAAUGAAGUUUCUUCCACUUGUAGACGAGAUACUUAUGGACCUGCUUCACACCACAGACAUCCAAAAAAGAUGGCUGCUUUCAUGAGCAAAUCCCCUAGCACAGGAGGGUCUCAGAAUACUCAGGCAGUGGAAACUGGAGGCCAGCCUCUUCUUGGACCAUCAAACCCCUUAUCAACUCCAGUAGCAGAGCUUUCACGUAUAUGUUCCCUUAUUGGAAUGUUGCAACCCGAUUUUUCAUUCCUCAGAACUCCACAGACAAUGACAGUUUGUCAGGUAAAGCUGUCAAAUGGUUUAUUAGUACAUGGACCUCAGUGUCACUCUGAAAAUGAAGCCAAGGAGAAAGCAGCACUUUUUGCUUUACAACAGUUGAGCUCUAUGGGAAUGAACUUUCCUCCGCCACCAACACCACCAUCAGUAUUUCCAAAUUAUCAGACUGUAGGACCUCUUGUAUCACAUGGAUCCAUUCCGCCAGUCUUCGCCCAGCACACUGGUAAUGUGUUUCAUUCACCAGCUCAGGCAUUUGGUCCAGUGCCAUGGGGAACACCAAUGCCAGUCCAUGGCAAACCUUAUUAUCCAGGUUCAUAUCCAGGAAACAUGUCUUUUUUAGGCCCUGUACAAGUUGGCGCACACAAUCAAUUUAUACCUUUGCAAGUAACUAAAAAAAGGGCUGCAAGCAAGGUGAACUCUGAAGCUAAGGAAUUCCUAGAUUCUUCUCAAUGUGUACAGUUAAACAAUGAACAGCCAGUAUCUGAUACAACAGCACUGAAUCCCCAAGAUUCAGUGUCUCUUCCUCAAGUAGCUCAGCCUACAAUGUCAUAUCAAGAGAAAACAGCUUCUCCAAACUCAGUAGGACCUCGUAAAAAGUCAGCAUCAAAUGCUUUUGCCAAACGAAAGCCAAGGAAAUUGGCUGUUAAUUUUGGUGCACCCAAGCCUUCAGAAUAAGUGUGAUACAUGAGUGACUUCAUUUUUUGGUAGUGUUCAAAAAAUAAGUGCUGUAUCAAAUUUUAAACAAAAUUCAAAAGAUGUUUUGAAUUGUGAAUACCUUCUGUCAGCUACAUUAUUUGAAAAAUAUGUUCACUGGAGAAUUUGAUUAAACCUCGUAACACCUAGGAAACACAGAAUUAACACAACUACAUCAUCCAUUGUGCCUAGGUCUCAAAAAAGUGGCUUUUCUGUAUUAUUCCAAGAGAAGAACAAUAAUAUUGAGAUUGCAAUUCUAAUUUAUAACUGCUUUGUUUAAACCAAGAGAUUAGAGACUUGUCCUCAUACAAAACGUGAAUUGUAGGUGUUCUGUCUCCUUUUCAAGGAUGUUAUGACUUCUGAAAAUGAUUUAUUUAUAUGUAUUUUCAGAUCCUUUUGCUCUGAUAUUGUGAACAGAUUUAAUUAAUGUGGCAAUGCUAGCUUUGCUUUAUGUAAAGUUCAUUUCUAGGUGUUCUGCCAAAGCAACUUUGACAUUUGUCUGCCUAGAUUUACUGCAAUGCAUUCUUUUCUGUUAAGUAGCACCAUGAACAAAUUAUUGACAGGAAACCAGAGUAAACAUGCUUCAGGGAUAUAGAGUAGUCUAUAUGCAAAUGUGUAAAAGAGGUACCCCUGUAAUAGUUACAAGAAGUAUUUUGGUAAAUUUACUCUUUUCUGGUGCUUCAAUAAACCACAGGCUCGCUAAAGAGCUGAUUUUGAUUAUAAAUCAAGCAUUCUUUUUGACAAAUUCUGUGCUUCUUAUUGUUCAGUAAUAACUAUAUAUUCUUGAAACUGGUGUAUACAAAGCAUGAUGCCAGAAAUAGUAUGUUUUCGUAAAUAUGAAUAAUAUUGUCAAUUAAUUCUUUGUGUUUGUCCAGGCCAAGGGAUUUGGUGUUUAUGUUUUCCCUUCAGAAGAUUGCAGACCAACCCAGUCCCUCAAAUUCAAAUUCUCUCAAACAUUGUAUUGGUUCUCCAGUACUGUUAUCCUGUAGUCUGAUGUUCUUCAGAACCUAGCUCAUAUUUCAUAGUGUGAGAAGGAAAUAUGCUGAAGGCUACUACUUUAUCACUAAGUUUUAAAAUGGCUCAGUCUUACAUUUUUGGCAGAAAUCAUCUUGGCUUUCAUGCCUCACACAUUGCUAUGUAAGAAAAUAAUGUUUGAUUAGUGCCAUUAGCGUCAUCUUAGCUCGUUACAUGAAUCAGAGCUACUUAAAUUGAAGUUUCUUUAAGUGUCUGUCCAAGACAAAAUAUACUAAUAUCACCUCUCAGACUAUGGGAUAUGACACAUUAAUUUUUGUGAGCAGGUAGAAUGCUCCUUAGUUUAAAAGGGCCACACUGCAGUAUGGGAAGUGUGUAUUUUCCUCUGAACCGGGAGCAUAUUCCAGCUCAACUGCCAAAUGCUUUUUCCACUUGAUUUCCAUGUAAGAGGGAAUGCAUGCUGGCACUGAGAUCGAGGAAAUGUAAAAGCACUUUAACUUGGGGCACAGUCCAGAAAAAAUUCUAUUGAUAUCUGGCAUAUAUUUUAAUUAGUAUAAUUUCCAUCAUUCUUAAUUUGUUCAGUUUUCUGGCAUUCCAGUGCACGAAUAUGGUUACAGAUUUCUGUGGAAGAGAGAAUGAUUAGAUUUGCUAAUGUUUCUGCUAUAUUACUUUAAAUUUAAGUUUUGGGGGUGCCUAGGGAUAGAGGUGACUAAUUUGCCCUUGGAAUUUCUUCUUGUAUAUUAAAUUUGUUAAGGUUUACUAUGGUCUCUACUGUCCACCUGCAAGAACUAGUCCUAAAGGAUAUAUGACAUUGUUAUUUGACUCAGAACCAGCAAAAUCAUCUGUUUUAAUAUUACUUUAUACAAGGACAUCUGUGCUCUAAGAGAGCUGCUGGUCAGGUUUUCAUCAGCCUGCUUUCCAUCUAUGUUCCACACAAUCUCCCUUUCAUUGUUGUGGAUUCUUAUCUAUCUGCAGGAUCAGUAAUAUUUUCCUUAUUCAAGUGCCCAGUUUCUAUAUGGGUAUGCUUGUAAGGUACAAAUAAUUGUCUUAGGCUAUUUUGUUCACUAUUUCAGUUUCUUUUAAUAUAUAUAUAUAUAUAAUUCAUUUCUCUCAAAGUGUAUUUUGUAAAUUCUGGAAUUUUUCACUAAAGUAUUGUACAAAGUAGUAUUUUAUUAAAAUCUGAAAGGGAUGACUUUUAUGUGCACAUUUUUAUAGUUCCUUUUUUUAAAAAAAGAACUUUGUCUAUCAGCCAAGUGAAAUGUUUAAAACUGGCAUGGAUAUGAAGUGUAUUGUGUUGUCUAUUUCAAGAUUUUACCAUGUACAGUAGUUAUGCUAAAGAUUGUGCGAAGGUAUUUUAAAUAUGAAUGUAAAAAUACACACUGAAGGAAUAAAUCAUAUAGGUUAAAUACUCUGGAAGGCUUUAAUACAGUAAUUUUAUGAAUACUUGCCCUUGUCUGAUCGCAUGAUAAAGUGUGUGUAUGUGUGUGCACUACUAUAUGUAUUUGAUAAGCUUGUUUCUUUCAUUGCCAGUUAAAACAUGACUUCAUUGUGAUGAUCUGUGGAUUAAAAAUAUGAUCAUUCAGCAUUAAAA